AUGUCCCUUGCGGGUGCAGCAGCAAAACAUGAUAGGGAGCAAUUCAUCAAAGCUAAAGCCCGAGGCACUACCAUAGUCUUGGCAAAAGAUGCUGCUGCAACCAUCAUCGGCCAGCAAGCUCACGCCAACCAGGAAAUUCCCAAUCUGCUGCAUGAACAGGAAAUGUUGACUGCGUGGAUGUACGGGCUAGAUCUCAACACCGAUCUAGUCAUGCUCCCGAUUUUGCGAGCCAUGGCUCUCUGGGCUGUUGCGCAUAAAACACAUACCAAUAAGAACCUUACAGUAGACCAUAUUGAUGACUUCAAAGGCGCGGAACUAGAAAAGAGGUUCAGACUAUGUGAGGCUGAGUGUAUUGCGGAAUUCUAUACACAUCUUGUAUCGAGGAAGGAAGCUUAG